AUUCGAUUCGAUUCAUUCGAUUGAAUUCCAUCGAUGAUUGAAGGUUUCAAUCGAAUGAUCAAGCCGAAUUUUUGCUUAUGACAAUGUUAGGGCUCAGGUUACAUUAGUUGGCGCUGGAGCCAAACAGCCAAAGCCACACGAUCUUUGACGAAGCAUCAUCAUUCAUCUUGGGUCUCCUUGUGUGAGCUUAGGAGUUGCAUGGUGAUAUAGUAGAGUAUCAAGAUGGAAGACGAUUUGUUUCAGAGUCUGGGCGGUAGCCUAAUGAAAGAUCUGUUGGCAGAUCUUCAAGGUGACAAUGGCGAAGGCGACGGGUGGCUAUCGUUGGAACAGUUGGAGAAGGAGUUGUCGCAGUUGGACAGUGGUGAGCCCACUACUACAACGACGACUCCCAGUCCCUUUGCGUCUCUGCCAUUGCCUCCUGUCCCCUCGGCAGCGUCCAUGGUAGUGAGUGGUCAACAGCAGUUUCAACAACAGCAGCAACAACAACAGGCCAUUCAAGGCGUAGGAUUGUUGGGACAAGUGACCGUCACCAAACAAGCACCGGCUGAUGCCUGGAAGGAAUCCCUCCAAAAGUUUACCGCUCUGUCGCUCGAUCAGGAUUUUCUGGCGGCGGAUACGGUGCGAAAGCAGCAGGCAGCCCACAAGCCAGCCGUCGCACCUUCCUUGCCACCUGGGUUCUUGGCAGAAGCACAAGACUACGAUGCCACGGAAAAGGCCACGCUGAAACCUCCACCUGGAUUACUGUCCGGUGGAGGAGGAGGAGGAGGUCCUCCACCUGGAAUGCCAAAAGCAGCAGAAGCGACAGCAAGUGCUGGUACUACGACGGCGAGUUCCAAGGAGCACGAAGAUUUGGCAGCCACUUUGGCAUCUGCUCUCUUACCAGGGGCCAUUCCUCCUUCGAUCCCCGGGAAAAAACCGAUGCCCAAAACGCCAUCCAAUUCGGUUGUCAUUCAGGAAGGAGCCAACAUUAGUGGAGCCAAGAAAAAGCUGCCUCCCAAGACUCCCAGAAAUUCUGUUAUUAUUGCUUCCGAAGCCGAGGCAGCUGUCGUGGCUGUCAAUGUCAAGGAGGAAGACGAUGACGACGACGAUAUUCCCAUGAUGGGAAAGGUUUCCAUAAAAUCAGAAGAAGAAAAAGUGCCUCAGGAACAGCAGCAGUCAUUGCCCACCAAAACACCUCGCAAUUCCGUCGUGGUGCCGAAUCAAGAAGCCGCAGCAGCGGCCAUUGUGGCAGCAUCCGCCGCCGCACAGGGCAUGGCCAUGCCUCCUCCUCAAAUGAUGCAGCAGGGUAUGCCACUGCCGCAUGGAAUGCAUCCUCAGCACAUGAUGCCACCGCACGGAUUUCCACAGGGAAUGCCUCAUCCAGGAAUGAUGAAGGGAAUGCCUCCUCAGGGCAUGCAUCCCCAGGGAAUGCCUCCUCAAGGAAUGCAUCCUCAGGGCAUGCAUCCUCAAGGAAUGCAUCCUCAGGGCAUGCCUCGUCA